CGGUCCGUUCAGUCAGUCAGUCUCUCGCUCUCUCUGUUCAGUGCGCGCAAGGAGGGUGAAUGGAUGUCACCGUGAAGCCUCGUGCGGGAAAAAAAACACAUCUGUCUCGGUUUUAACGUGGAAUUAACAGAAUCAGAUCUCCAGGACUUUUAGGAUAUUUUUUCAACCAAUUGAAAACGGACAGUUGGCCUAAAUGGACUUGACUAAAUCAAACUGAAUUCACAUGAAUAUGACGGUCAAUGUCUUUACGCUCUAGAACUGUUUCUGUGAACGUUAGGCUUCUAAUCUCUACCAGAAUAUAAGAGUUUGGCAAUAUCGUUGAUAAUGACAAUGGCAAUAUAAAGCUAAAUUUAGUUCAUAGUGAUAAUAUAUACCAUGUUACUAGUAGAGCUAUAUUGGAUCGUUCUACUAUGGAUUGGAGGACUGGACUUGAGUGGAUUUGAGUGGAUUUGACGUCUGCGUGCGACAGAAGCAACGACCCCCCCCUCUCUCUCUCUACACAUUUCCGUGUGUGUGCCUCGGACGGACAGGGGGAAGGACAUGUGACUAGGAGCCGGAAAAAAAUGGAUUACCUCUCUCCAGCCAACAUCUCCCAAGAUGCGUCCCUUCUCUUUUCCGACGCCGGUCCCCACGGCAACGACCUUUACCUCGGUUACCGUGACUACGACCCCGGCAUUGACGACCCCACCACGGAAGAUUCGUCGCCCCUCCCGCCCCUCCCGCCCCUCUACGCAGACACCCCCCUCCUGGAUUUGGGAGACUUGGGGGGGUACGGUCCCGGGGUGGGGGGGUAUGGGGACAGCUCUCUGGCAGGACUGGGAGACAGUACUAAGCUAGUAGGGGUCCAGGUGGUUUUAAUCCUGGCCUACAGUACCAUUAUACUACUAGGAGUAGUGGGGAACUCUCUGGUCAUAUACGUGGUGUAUCGCUUCAAGACGCUGAGGACGGUGACUAACUUCUUCAUAGCUAACCUCGCCGUCGCUGACCUCCUGGUGAAUACAUUGUGUCUCCCCUUCACGUUGGUCUAUACUCUGCUCGGGGAGUGGAAGUUUGGCCAGCUGCUUUGUUUCCUGCUUCCCUAUGCACAGGGAUUGGCUGUCCACGUAUCCACGGUGACGCUCAACGUCAUAGCCCUCGAUAGACACAGGUGUAUAGUGUACCACCUGGAGACCAGGAUGAGAAAGGAUGUGUGUUUCGGGGUGAUUGCUGCCACGUGGGUACUGAGUGCGGUGCUGGCCAGUCCACUAGCUAUCUUCAGAGAGUAUGGUACCUUCAAUCUGGCUCCAGGACAGUUUAUACAGGUGUGUACAGAGAAGUGGCCGGGCAGCUCGACAGACGGGACAGUCUAUUCAAUCUCCAUGCUCCUCCUCCAAUACGUUCUCCCUCUAGCCAUCAUCUCUUUCGCCUACGCUCGUAUCUGGUCCAAGCUCCGUUCCCACAUGUCCCCCGCCGGCCGCAACGACCGCCACCGCCGCCGACGCAAAACCACCAAGAUGCUGGUGACCGUGGUCGUGGUGUUCGCGGUCAGCUGGCUGCCGUUCCACGCUUUUCAAUUGGCCACGGACAUCGACAGCUCCGUCUUGGACAUGAGGGAUUUUAGACUGCUGUACACGCUGUUCCACGUGGUGGCCAUGUGCUCAACGUUCGCUAACCCUCUGCUCUACGGGUGGAUGAACAGCAACUAUCGCACCGCGUUCACAACCGUGUUCCGCUGUGACCAGAGAAUGGAUAGUGUGCAUCCGAAGGGAGGAAGAGAUGGAGGAGGAGGAAGAGAUGGAGGAGGGAAGGAAGGAGAGGGGAUAGGGAAGGCAGGAGGUGAAGAAGAAGGAUUGAAAGAGGGAGGAGGAGGAGGAGGAGGAGGAGGAGGAGGAGGAGGAGGAGGGACGAAGAUGGACCUAGAGGCCCAGGACGUUGUGACGAACCAUCUCAAUGCUACAGACCUCUGAAACAGAAGAUAGAGAGUAGGAGAGAGAGAAGAAGAUAAAGAGGGAGUGAAGGAGAAAGGAGUGAGAGAUGGAGAGAGAGAAAGAAAUAGAACGUAAGAGGGUAGGGAAGAGAAGAGACUGAAGAGAGAAAAUCACCGAAUGGGAGAAAUGAAGGCUAGAGAGAAUAAUUGCAUCUGUGAAAGAACACAUAAGAUGAGGGUGAGCGAGAGACAGAGAUAGAGAGAUUAAACCACUGCUUCCGGAACACAUAAAUGAAGAGAAAAUGUCGAAGAUGGGAUGAAGCAACAAAAAAAACAAAGAUGACAGAGAGAAAAAAAAAGAUGAAAAGGGAGUUUAAAGUUCUAACCAGUUUAGUUUGUUCCUAAGUGGGGAACAGCAAUGGGCUGGGACUGGCUGGCUGGCUGACUGGCUAACUGGCUGACUGGCUGACUGGCUGACUGGCUGACUGACU